AUGAACGACCCGUGCGGCGCAAUGUACGACCCCACGGAAGACCUGUACCAUCUGUUCUACCAGUGGCAUCCGCUGCACUUUAACUGGGGCAACAUCAGCUGGGGCCAAGCGACGAGCAAAGAUCUCAUCACCUGGACUGACGAGGUAGGCUGGGAGGGACGAGAUGCGCUCGCCCUGGGCCCGACGGGGUUCGGCAAUUAUAAUGGUCUCGGGAUUUUCAGCGGCACUGCGCAGCCGGUGAAUUUGCAGGGCGAGCAGGACGGGACGAUUACGAUCAUGUACACGUCGGUCAAGUGGCUGCCCACGUCGUGGAGUAUCUACUACCAUCCGCACACCGAGUCGCAGAGUUUGGCGACGAGCACGGAUGGCGGGAAGACGUGGACGGAGUACGAGGGCAAUCCGGUCAUUUGGGCGACGACGGAGACGGCGCCAAUGUAUUGGAACAUCACGGGAUUCCGCGAUCCCUUCCUCGAGCCAUUCCCUGCGCUCGACGCUGUUCUGGGUGUCUCCGAACCGCAUUACUACGCUGUAUUUGGAUCCGGUAUCAAGGGCGUCGGGCCCAGAAUGCCAUUGUGGACUGCACCAGCUAGCAACCUGACGGAUUGGACCUUCCUUGGCGCACUGUGGGAACCGGUUGGCAACAGCUCGCUAGGCCCGGUUCUAUCCACGAGGACGUACGGAUACAACUUUGAAGUCUCAGGCUUCUUCGCCCUCCCGGACAGGACAGGCGAUCUGCACUACUUCAUCAACAUGGGAGCGGAAGGCGGCAACCUGACCUACGAGCCCCAGUCCCACAUUGGCCUCUGGAACGAGGGAAUUGUCACUCGCAGAUCCAAUGGAUCGGCUGAUUUCGCGCCUGUCGCGGGCGGCAUGGCAGACUGGGGUAUCGCGUACGCGUUGACGAGUUUCAACGAUACCAAGAACAAUCGCCGCGUGCAGUAUGGCUGGGUGCAGGAGGACAUUUCGGCCGAUGGAGGCAGCUUCAGCGCGCGACAGCAAGGGUAUCAGGGGUCGCAUACUCUGCCGCGCGAGCUGUACGUGCACGAAGUCGACAAUGUGGUGGAUCCUGACGGCACGCUCAACGCCAGCAAAUCGGCCGUGCUCACCAAAGGUUCCAACGGACAAUACACGGCGCAAACACUCGGCAUUCGGCCAUUGCGUGAUGUCGUGACCGGCCUGCGGGAAGGAGCAUCAAAGCAGACAUUCCCCAACAAGAACUACACAUCGACGACAAUGCUCAAAACGCAAGGCUCUUCAUCCCUCGAACUCAAGGCCACGGUAAAAGACGCGCAAGGCGCCUUUGGCCUGAUCGUCGGCGCCUCGCCAGACAUGACGGAGUACACGACCAUCGUCUACGAACCCAGCAACAACACCCUCCUCGUAGACCGCAGCCACAGCAGCACCAUCGUCGGCUUCCAAAAUUAUACCGUCACCGGCUACUUCUACCCCUACACGCUCAGCAUGAACGGCAGCACCAGCACCGAGCCCGUGCACAUGAACGUCUUCCUCGACGGGUCGCUGCUGGAAGUGUACGUCAACAGCCGCUUUGCCCUCUCCACGCGCAUCUACCCUUCGAUGGAGUGCUCGACGGGGUACGGGGUGUAUGCGGACGCGGCGGCGACGUUCGAGCAUGUGCGUGCUUGGGAGGGAUUGAAGCAUGUGUGGACCGACCGGCCGUUGAACAGCAGUUCGGAAUUGGUGUGGGACACGCCGGCAGAGACGAACAACUACACAUGGUGGACGGGAGAUUGA